AUGGCCGACCAACCUACUAUCCGCCUCGCGACGGCAGAGGACGUCCCAAUCAUCCUCCAAUUCAUCCGCGAACUGGCCGACUACGAAAAGGCCCUGCAUGAGGUCGAAGCCACCGAAGAAUCCCUCCUCGCCACCCUCUCCUUCCCCAAUGACCCGCCCAAGCGAGGCUCCGUCUACACGGCCCUAAUCAUCCCCCCGCCCACCGCCGCCAACCCGUCCCCGAUCCCCGUCGGCAUGGCCCUCCACUUCUACAAUUAUUCGACCUGGCGCUCCGCACCGGGCAUUUACCUCGAGGACCUUUAUGUCCAGCCCGCUGCGCGGGGUAACGGCUACGGCUUCAAGUUGCUGAAGUACCUGGCGAAGCAGGUGUUGGAGGUCAAGGGCCGCCGGUUGGAGUGGAGCGUGCUGACGUGGAAUACGCCGAGUAUUGAGUUUUAUAAGCAGGUUGGCGCGAAGCCUAUGGAUGACUGGUUGAAGAUGAUGCUGGAAGGGCCGGCGUUGGAGAAGUUGGCUGAGGGUGUGUAG